UUCUGUACUUUUACUCAGGGAACAUUUUGAAUUCAGGACUCGUAUUCUUCGGCCAUGGCUCUGAGUACUUCCUCCACCUCUGCAGUUUGGGAAUAUAUAUCUAAUUUAUCUCAGCGCUUUCUUUCCACAUGUGGCUCUACUUCCUGAAGGGGUGUUCUCACCUCCACAACCGACAUUAAAGCCACUUCAGCUCCUCAUUUUAUUCAUCAGGAUCAUGUCAUGAUGUCUGGAACUGGAGGGUGUCGGGGUCAAAGGGCGAUGACAUGCAGUAGAGGAUUAUUUCUGACACUGCAGCCUAAUAUCUUAACUGGCUCUAUGUGUUCAGGUAUUAACUGAAUGGCACUUAAUGACAGCAGUCAUACACUUUAAUUAAUUCAUGUUCAUGUCAGUCUUCAUGACACAGUUAGGACAGAUAUGUGCACAACCCAUCAGUGUUUCCCAGGUUCCUUUGCAUGUUUUAAAGAGGAAGUUCAUUCUGCUGGUGUCCGGGUUUCUUGUUGGCUUAUUGUUCAGAAAUAUAGAAGUACAUCUUCACCUGCAGUUUGCUCAUCAGCAGCCUACUUGUGACUUGACUUGUUCUGAUUUCUGACAGACUUUAGAACGGAUUUGUUUGCUUUGCCCUAAAAGACUUGAAAGUAGCUGUGUAGAGUGGAUCCUGUCCGGGUCUCAGCCUCCAGGGAGGGCAGCCCAGCUCUCCACAGCGCCGCCCUCCGUCUCUCUCAGCCCGGCUUCUUCUCCUCCAAACGGCGCGCACAGCAGCGACCUGACAGCCGCCAAGCAGCCGCGCUUCUCCCGCUGUUCAGACGCUCCGCUUCGCCGGCUGUUCGCUGGGUUUGUCGCCUCCGGUGUUGUCCUUUUGACAGCUGAGCGGGAUUUUGUUCGUUUUGGAGUUUGUUUUUUUUCGGUGCAUGGAUGGAGUCGUCCCCGCAGGAUCCGGCGAGCGACCCGGGCAGGAGCUGCUCUGAGCCCGCUACGCCGGUCACGGAGACACCGGCGAGCCUGGAGACCCUGGGGGGCGGAGAGCCACUGACUCCGGCGAGGAGACCAAGCAGCUCCGGGUCCAGCUCCUCCGGCUACAGCAAAGGUUUGUCAGCAGCUGUGAAGAAGACACACACAUCUCAGAUUGAAAUCAUUCCCUGUAAGAUCUGUGGAGAUAAAUCAUCAGGGAUCCACUACGGGGUGAUCACCUGUGAGGGCUGUAAGGGUUUCUUCAGGCGGAGUCAGCAGAGUAACGCCGCCUACUCGUGUCCUCGCCAGAAAAACUGUCUGAUCGACCGAACGAGCCGCAACCGCUGCCAACACUGCCGUCUGCAGAAGUGUCUGGCUGUGGGCAUGUCCCGAGACGCUGUAAAGUUUGGUCGCAUGUCCAAGAAGCAGAGGGACAGCUUGUACGCUGAGGUGCAGAAACACCGCCUCCAGCAGCAGCAGCAGCAGCAGCAGGGUCCCCUCCUCCUGUCCCACCCCAGUCUCGGCAGCCCAAGCUCGGGCGAGGCUGAGCCGCUGUCCCCUCACUACGGCCUCUCCUCCGCGGGCCUCACGGAGCUGCCGGAUGAGCUGGGAGGCUCACCUGAAGGAGGAUCAGUCUCAUCCAAGGCAGACUCUGGAGGAGGAGGAGAAGGAGGUGGUGGGUUCUACCUGGACUUCCAGCCAUCCCCGGACCAGUCUGGGCUCGAUAUGAACGGCAUCAAACCGGAGCCGCUGUGUGACUAUGGGUCCAGUAACGGCUUCUUCCCGUACUGCUCCUUCAGCGACGGAAACGCAUCGCCCACCGCGUCCAUGGCUGAACUCGAUCACCUGGCUCAGAUCAUCUCAAAGUCUCACCUGGAGACGUGUCAGUACCUGAGGGAGGAGCUGCAGCAGAUGACCUGGCAGAACUUUCUGCAGGACGAGGUGGAGAGCUACCAGAGCAAGCCGCGGGAGGUGAUGUGGCAGCUCUGUGCUGUAAAGGUCACAGAGGCCAUACAGUACGUGGUGGAGUUCGCCAAACGCAUCGACGGCUUCAUGGAUCUCUGUCAAAAUGACCAGAUCGUGCUGCUGAAAGCUGGCUCUCUGGAGGUCGUCUUCGUCCGAAUGUGUCGGGUGUUUGACUCGCAGAACAACACCGUCUACUUCGAUGGGAAAUUUGCAGGUCCUGACGCCUUCAGAGCAUUAGGUUGUGAUGACUUGAUCACAUCAGUGUUCGACUUUGCUAAAAGCAUGUGUUCGCUGCAUCUGUCGGAGGACGAGCUCGCUCUGUUCUCAGCGUUCGUUCUGCUUUCUGCAGACCGGUCGUGGCUGCAGGAGAAGCUGCAGGUGGAGAAGCUGCAGCAGAAGACUCAGCUGGCUCUGCAACACGUCCUGCAGAAGAACCAGAGAGAGGACGGGCUGCUAAACAAGCUCAGAUGUAAGGUGUCAGCGUUGCGUUCACUGUGCAGUCGACACACAGAGAAGCUGUCAGCGUUCAGAGCUGUUUACCCCGACAUCGUUGGGACACACUUCCCUCCUCUUUAUAAGGAGCUGUUUGGUGCUGACCUCGAACUGACUCUGCAGACCGACGACGACUAAACGUUGACCACGAGCUCCACAGGGCCGAGCAGUGAACCGAUGGACCAAGUCCGGUUUCCACGGCAAUGGAGGACGGGACGAUGACUCACACCGCCAAAGACAGAAACUGUGUGGCCGCUACACUUCUCCUGGACAUCUGAAGAUUUUACCUUCCCAGUUUGUCUUUCUUCACCUCCUCCUCUCAUGGCUCUGGAUUUGGAUGCAGUGAGAAAUCAGGUGGUCUCCUUCCACCAAUAAGCUAAUAUGAUAGCUUCCUCUGUUUUUUAACUCUCCGCCUCUCCUUACGCUCAAAGGUCAGCUCUGAUAAGGCAAUUUGUUAAAUGCUUGCGUGACCAAGCCCUGACAGUGAACGCCUCAUCUGUAUGUUUCUAUAUAAAUGUUGCAAAAAUCUUAAAGUCAACUUUUGAUCCCCCCUUUUUGAUUCUGUAUCAUCUUCAUAUCUUGUAAAUCCUUUUACACACAUUUUUAGACACAUUUCCCAAAAUUCAAUCUGACAGAUUUGGUAUAUUCUGAAAGCUUGUGUUCUCUUCUAGAAAUGAAAGUAAAGUUUUGUGGGUUUGAAUAAUGUUUGAGCAAACAUUGUGCGUUUGGAUAGGUGCCACUCGAGGGUACAUCAGUUUAAAAAGGGAUUAAGAACAUUUCCAACAGUCUGUGAAGAUUCUUUAGUCGCCCAGGUUACAAGAUAUCCAGAAGACUUGAUCCACAGCAAGUCCUGCUGCCUUUGACUUAGCACUUGUAGAUAGUUUCCAAAAGUUGCCAAAUACAAAUGGGAAUUAAUGUUUGUUUCGAGCAAAUGCUGUAAUGAGAAUAUUCUGCGAAGGGGGAAACAAGAAAUGAGCACCUGUUCGCCAUAUAUAUAUGACUUUUCUCUGUCCAGACAUACUUACUGCGUGGCGUAUUGGUCUGCUGCCAUUUUUAUCUUUAAAUGUUCGGGCCUUCUGGUGGAUUGGAGGCCUGUAAAGAUCAGAAGAAGCACAUCCUCGCUUUUGAUAUACUAAAUAUACCACCUGACUACUCUUUUUUUCUGAAAGCAUUCACACAAAAAGACGGCGACAUUUAUUGGCCAGGAUGUUUCUGUCCACUGCUGGAUUCGACCAGUAAAGUAUUUUUCUUCUUUUCUGUUUAUGGGGAAGGUUUAAAUGAGGCCAGCUGGUCUGUCUGAGCAGAAAUCCAGUCUGUAGUCUGUUUUCGUCUCUUGAUGUCUGUUGAUGCAUCACUCAGGUUAAUGCAGAUCGUCCCGAAUAAUUAAACUAGACACCAAACGUCAUAUUCACGUCUCUUCUCAGGCAGUUUUCUUGAUUAUUAAUUCGCAGCAAUGUAAAGGCUGCAGUCGUGAUUUAAUCAGAUUUGAAAAUGGGCCCCAUGUAUGAGGUUGGUGACUCAAGUUUUAUUUGAUUUGAUCACAUUAAUUCUCUUUUCUUGUUAUUGUGUAGAUUUUUCAGGAACACUGACCUGGUAGAUGAAAUGGUUCCUCUGUGGUUUCAGUCCCUGUGGAAAAGCAGGAAACACAAGACCACUGGAACAAAGAUGAACAACUGAUCCUAAAACACUUAGGAUCAAAAUGAAUAAAGUAAAUAUGCACAAGUGGAGCAAAUACACUCAAAACACAGCUGACUGAUCCAAAAGAGACGGAAACACCUGAAGAAGUUUACAGCUAAAAGUGAUAUUUACUGUUCGACAUUCAGAAACUUCUGAAUAUGAUUGAAUUUUGAUUUAAUGGCUCUGGCUGGAGUCUUCUCCAUAGCACCAACCACUGAGGCUCAUGGGUACUGUAGUAUUUAGAGCCAUGUGUGUUCUGAAACACAGUCCUUAAGAGUUUUACAUGUAAAGUAGCAGUGAGAAUUACUUCCAGGAGCAGCAGCUCUGCUGACGUUAUUACUCUUUAAAACUUCACCACAGAUAUAACACAGCAGAAAUUCAUGAGUCGUCAUUCAUGAGUUCUGGCUGGUUUUACUGUGUGUAACAGAAAUGGUUUCAUCCUCCAUGAUUUCAUUCGUCCUCCUCCUGCCUUCAUCCUCCCAGCAGCCUCUUCCUCCUCUGUCUGAUGCUUCUGUGCAUCGAGCCUGCAGACAGCAGCAUCAGACACGGAGCAGCUAAUUCAUUCUAAUUUAGCAGUUAGCCUGUAGCACCAUCUGGUGGCCUUGACAGGAAAGUGCAAGUUCUGUUAUUUCUCCUGUCAGUUUGACUGCAGUUCGGGGGUGUAGCAGUUAGAGUUGGGUUUUGAUGGUAUUUCAGCAAAUCUGAAUCCAGUAUCUAAUCCACUUAUCCAGGAUAAAUCCUUUCAAACCCCAUUGAGUCAGCCUAAUUAAUGUUGAUAAUCUGCGGCUACAACCUGAAACUUUGAUGAGCAGUAGAAGAUCCGAAAUGUUAAGGUAUGAGUCUGGUGUUAGUCUGUAUGUUUCUUAUUGCCAACAAAUCCCAUGUGCAGAGCCAAACCAACAAUGUGUUAGUAUGCCUCUCUUAAUAUAGACACUAUGCAGAGUCAAGUGAAUAUAUGAAAAUAUGAAUGUGUUGCACUACAGCGAGUCUAUCUGCUGCCUACCUGCUAGCAUGUGUGUUUAUGUGUGUGCGCACACAUUUUGUUGUCUGUGGUAAUUUUCAACCAUUUUUCAAAGUUUGGGCUACAGACUGCUGAGAGGAGAGAAAUGUUUUCCAUCAUGCACAGCCUUUUUAGCAGUGACUCAUUACAUCUUGUUGUUUAUUGUUCCGCCAUCAAGAAUCAGCAAGUGCAUCCGUCUCAACUUCAAACAUCAGCAUAGUAUUUAAACAGUCAACCAAUUUGAAAUAAAAUAAUCAAUAAAAUCAUUACUAUAUGUUUUGCCACCUGCUCCAGCUCACCACAACAUCAGUCUCAAUGUCCAAAGCCCAAGAAAAAUCUGUAUUUCUGGCAAAUAAUGAACAUAACUUUAGCCAUAACUAAACAUCAAGCAAUAAUGUAAAUGUAUUUUUAUCUUUGUUUAUUGUGUAUAGUUUGAAAAUAUGGCAUGUCAAUGCAGAUUCUAAUUUAUAAGAUUUAAUUUGGGAGUCUUUUGAAUCUUGUGUGUUAUUGGCUUACUAUUUUGUUUCAACCCGCCAUGUGAUCACGUAUGCUGAUGACGCACUUUUGUCCCUCCAUGCCACCUUAUUGGCUUUGGCCCUCGUUCUGUAAGUAACUUUAUUAAGAAAUCUGUACAGGCCACAGGAAUAUACUGCUAUAGAAGCUGAGCAUCAAACUUUUUAUCUGUUGAUUGAUAUGCAUCAUAAUGUAUAAUUAGGGUUGGGUAACGUUCACCUUUGAACCUAUAAGGUACAAGUACCCAGCGGUACCUUCUUUCAGUACUUUACUCUUUCUGUAAUAACAAAAAUCUAAUUUCUGUUGUAAAAAAUGAGACCAAACUUCUCUCACUACCGCAGUGCUUGCAAGGAAACUAAAGAAGAAGGAAAGGUCAUUACAUCAUCAUACUGACAUUCAAAUGCUCUGCUUGGUGCCAGACUUUGGUGCCCGUUCUAUUGAAGCCUGUGGAAGAUGCACGGAGAAGCACACUAAAACUCAACAUAUCUAUGUCGUAUGACCUUUGAUGAAGAAAUUCCUCUACCAAAUGAAAGAACACACUUCCAUCCAAGAUGAUUACAGGCAGACUAAACAGGGCUCAUGGCGAGUCAAAUUAAAAUGAUCACCAUGGCAAAUGAAAAAAAAGUGUCCCUUGAAAAUAUUGAGGUUUCAUUUGAAUAUGUGAUAUUCCCAUAACAGCCAUUAUUAGCCCUGUCAAUCAACGUAAAGCAGCCUCCGGAAUGAAAUAAAAGGCAGAGAGAAGGACUGAAGAAUAGGCUACAGAUUUAGUUACCAAUAUUUAUUAAUCCUAAACUCAAUAUUUUCAAGGGACACUUGCAACUUUCUUUUCAUUUGCCAUGAUGAUCAUUUUAAUUUGACGCACCAUGAGCCCUGUUAAGUAUGCCUAUAAUUAUCUUUGGAUACUAUUUGGAGACCAACGGCAAAUAAAUGAAUGCGCACAUUUGGAAAAAUCAGUCAGUAAUGUAUUCUCUGAAGUGUGUUCUUUCAUUCGGUAGAGAAAUGUCUUCAUCAAAGGUCAAAACGACAUUGAUAUGUUGAGUUUUAGUGUGCUUCUCCAUGCAUCUUCCACAGGCUUCAAUAGAACUGGCACCUAGCUGAGCAUUAGGUUUGAUGAUGUAAUGACCUUUCCUUCUUUUUUAGUUUCCUUGCUUGCAAACUGUGAAAAGUUUCAGAGCGACAGAGCGUCCCCAUAACCAUAGUAACUCACUGUCACUCCUGCCGGCCUGCACACGGUGCGAGAGGAGAGGGAGAGUCACUGCUGCCAGAAGAAUCGCUGACUCUUGUCUGUCUGUCUGCGCUGUCAGUGUCCUCUUUUCGUGCCGUUAUCAGUUAUAAAUGUAUUUUUCACUGCGUGAGAAAAUUGACGUGUGGCGUGAGAGUCAAUCGAGUGAGUCUUAUGGGCAAUGCGUGAGAGUUGACAGUCCUGUGGCUAACGCUAGUAAAAAUGCUAAACUAACGUCAACCAAGACAGUGAAAAAAGCCCAGUCAUCGCCAACAACAACUUGUCCAACUUGCUACUAGCAACUUCUGCGGCGUCAGCUGCAGGUGUGCUAACGCAGCUGCUGCAGGGACUUGGCUUUCAGGCUAUCAAACUGCACACUCUUCAGCUUUUAGAUAUAAAUAUUUUGACCAGGUGUUUCCUCAGGUUAGACGUGUUUCCCUGGCCAGCUUUGCAUGCCGCAUCACAGCGUUGCGUUUUGAAAAGUAACCACACUUGUGACCGCUUUCGGCUCGCCAUUGCCCUGACUCACUGUGACUUGAACAAGCUGCAGGGGUGACGUAAUCUCGCUCUCUCACCCAGAUGCGCUCUCAGGUACCGAAAUUUGGCACAGAUUGAUUUAACGUGAAUCGGUACUCUGUAGUACCAAUGUAAUUCGGUCGGUACCCUUAAAAGUACAGAGUUCGAAACCCAACCCUAUGUAUAAUAUCUGGUUUGAUAUGCACUGCUCUCCUUUAGAUUUAGUUUAGUUACAGAGAGCGUUUCUGUGUUUUAAAUAUGCGUGUGGUGCUAGGUUACCUUUCGUUAGCAGGGUCUUGAUUUUACCAACUAUGCCACAUUGUAUGUUUCCUCACAGGGUAAUACAUUAAAAGUACAAUUCUGUUUUUUGACAACCUGACAGCAACAGCAUUUUCAGAAUUUGGGCUGUCAUACAAUACCAACCUUUACUGGUUAUGUGUCGAACUCGUCUGAUUGCUUGUAUUGCGAUGCCCGGUGACAACGAGUCCAACCGUGUUCCUGUGUUUCUGGUGUCCAAAAUGUUCAGUCUAAAUAGAUAAUGUCAUAACUGAAAGUAAUGAUUGGCAAAUCUACAGACAUACAGCGAAACGCAUAAAAGGCCUGUAGUCAGAGACAUAUUUUGGGGGAAGUUGGACAUUGCCAAAAGCUACCUAUUGGAUGUUUUUGGCAAUGUUGCUUGAACCACCAAGAUGUGUUAAACUCUACUUUCCUAACUAAUCGUAUACUGUCAUGUCAAUUGAUGCAUUAUAUUCAAAUGGGACAAAGGAACACUUUAGCAAAAUGCUAACUGUAGCAAGCUUGUUGAUUCAUCUCACCUCUGAGCCAAACAAAAGCGUGCGUAUAGUUUAGGUAAAGCAACGUUUACGGAACAAAAUUUCAGGGUAAUUUUGGGGGAUAUUCAAACCAGGACAUUUUCUACCUGGCUAAUGUCUGAGUUGUAUAAAAACUGAUUUUUCCUUUAAAUUGUCAAAUGUUAUUAUGAUAAUGAAUCAUCAUAGUAAGAUGUUAUUGCCCAGCCUGCACCUGUAUCAGUGUGCCAGGCUCGUGCCUGUCAAUUUCUUUGUUUAAACUGGUCAACCGUGUUUUGAUACAAUGCAGAGCUGCUGUAUCGAAAAUAUAUUAAAAAUAAAACAGAGAAAGAAAUGCA